UGGGGAUUAAUCAGUAGCCCCCGUUUCGGCUGUUUACUGUUUGGAACGAACAUUUCGGGGUCAUUCCAACAUCAACUGCUCACAUUCGAACAGCACCGGGCGAAAAACGAGGCCAAAGCAUGUGAAAUUAGACACAUGCUUCCAGGGCAAAUCCCUAAAUAAGACAAUGGGGUGACAGGGGGGUGUCUCCCGUCCGUGUCACUUAAUUGAUACACAAUGGAGAGUGUCAGCGUCGGCGGCGAGGCGUAGAUUUGCUGACAGACAGGCCGUGUCAGGAGGCAGUCUGGGUGUCAGCUUGCUGAGCGCCAGUUCAACAUGUCUCCCCCUGUGACUGACAACCGCCCCCAAUUAACCUCCUACAGAAAAAUACACGCGUGUGCACCUGCUCACGCUUCCUCACCCACGUUCUGGCUCGUCUCUCCGAGGCAAUGAGAUUUAAAAAGAGUAAAAUAUUGCCUUGGUGAUUUUCAAGGUUUAAUGAUUGUUCUCCAGUGACUAAACCGUAAAUGCUGUGAAAGCCUUAGAUCAUUUACUUUCACUGCAGAUACAAAGGAUUCGGCUCCACGUGUGGACGCUUUCAACCAAAGCGUGUCACUCUGGGUCCCUCUAGUGUUGGGAGAUGGGAAACCACCCACCAGCAGCGCAUCCCAGUCCUGAUAGAGGACAUGCCGUGAUUUAUUCCACACAUGAACUGGUGUUCGUUCAGACGGUUUGGAGCGUUGUUUUUUAUUUGGUUUACUAUUUGAUCAAAUUCAAAGUAACACUAAAUAAUCUUCUAAUUGCAGGUCUUCCUCAACUACUUCCGGAGUAAAACCGGCAACUUCCUCGACUUCGUGUUGCAUUUUAUUCAACUGUCAACUGUUGAGUACGGGCAGAAUGGACCACACUGAUCUUUAUUCAGAACCAGAAUCGGCCCACGUGGACAAACGCCAGCAGAUGAAGGAGUCGGUCCAGUUGCGCAUCGACGCGCGCAAAGACGCGCUGCACAGUUUGAGUCGGGACAUCUGGAGCUGCCCAGAGCUCGCCGGCGAGGAGGCGCAUGCGCACGACCGACUGGUCCGCUUCUUGUCGCAGGACGACGACGACGCGUGGACGGUCCAAACGCACUACGUGAUGCCGACCGCGUUCCGGGCCAGCUGGGGUCCGGUCGCGGGCGGGGAGGGCGGCCCGGUGCUGAACGUGGGCUUCCUGUGCGAGUACGACGCGCUUCCGGGCAUCGGCCACGCCUGCGGGCACAACCUCAUAGCGGAAGUGGGAGCCGCGGCCGCUGUGGGUCUGAGAGCUGCUCUAGAAAAGCAGACUGAGUUACCUGCCCCAGUGAAGAUAACGGUUCUGGGGACACCUGCAGAGGAGGAUAUAGGAGGAAAGAUCGAACUGAUCAAAGCCGGAGCCUUCGCUGAUAUCGACCUCGUUUUCAUGGCUCACCCGGCUCAACAGGACGCGUCGUCGCUGCCCUGCGUGGCCCUGGAUGAGGUGUCGGUGAAGUACCGCGGGAGGGCGUCUCACGCGUCCGCGUCCCCCUGGGAGGGCGUGAACGCUCUGGACGCCGCCGUCUUGGCCUACAACAGCGUAUCUGUGCUCAGGCAGCAGCUCAAGCCGGAGUGGAGGCUUCACGGCGUCAUCAAACACGGAGGGGUGAAGCCCAACAUCAUCCCCGCCUACUCUGAGAUGGAGUUCUACCUGCGCACCCCGCGGCUGAAGGACCUUUGUGACCUGAAGGCCAAAGCUGAGGGAUGCUUCAGGGCGGCUGCCGUAGCAACCGGUUGCCAAGUGGAGAUCACGUACCCAUCUGCUGCCUACCGUGACAUCCUGCCCAAUGCCACACUGGCAAGUCUGUAUGAAAUGAAUGGAAGACUGUUAGGAAUUCAGUUUCCUGAACAGCCAGACAACUUCUCUGGUUCCACAGACUUUGGCAACGUAUCAGCCGUGGUUCCUGGUACGCAUCCUUUCUUCUACAUCGGCACCGACGCGGCGAACCACACUGAAGAAUACGCCGACGCGGCGGGAGCUGAAAAGGCCCAGUUGUACACCCUGAGGACUGCCAAAGCCCUGGCUAUGACAGCUGUGGACGUGGUGUGCUGCUCCGAUCUGCUGAGGAAAGUGAGAGAGGACUUCAGCCUGGCCAAACUCAAACAGCAGAAAUGAAAUGAAGGAUGAUAUCGUUUAAAGGGUCUAUAGAUAUGAGGACCUAAUCAAAAUAGUCAAUAGUACAUCAAUGCUAAAACACUAAAAUUAAAGACUUUAUGUACUUGG